GCGCUGGCCCGUUGCUAGGUAACCGCAUCCAUGGCCGGGAAGACUGGCCGAAAAACCCCGGCUCCACAGCCGGUGACGGAGGUCGUGCAAACCCCGGAAGGGGACGCGGCGGAUUCCGGCGUGACGAUCGCGGGGACGGUGUCUCCUCCGUCUACCUUGUCUACGGUCUCUCCAUUGUCUCUGUCGUCUCCGGCAGUCGGGCCAUCGGCCGCCCCCGCCGCAGCCGCGGGCACGGGUGUUAGUGAAGCCCCCGCAGCCUCUAAGACUACACCGGAGCUGGAGAAGAAUCUCUGGGAACAGAUCUGCGAGGAAUAUGAAGCUGAGCAGCCUCCCUUUCCAGAAGGGUAUAAAGUAAAACAACAGCCUGUGAUUACUGUUUCUGCUCCUUUGGAGGCAACGGUUUUCCCAGGUUUAAGUCCAGAACACUUUUUUCAAGUUACUCCAAAUUAUGCCAUUGUCCAAGAUAUACCUUGUGCAGCACCUGAAGCUCCAGACGUCUUUGACCCCAAAACAUGUUCUCCCAGAGAGUAUCUAGAAAAUUUCAUAUUUCCAGUGUUGCUUCCUGGAAUGGCUAACCUACUCCAUCAAGCUAAGAAGGAGAAAUGUUUUGAGCGGAAAAAAACAAAAUUUAUUGCCUGUGAUUAUCUGACCGAGUGGUUAUACAACCAGAAUCCAAAGAGGAUAGAUGAACCAUUCACAGAAUUCUUCUCAAUUCCCUUUGUGGCAGAUUGGCUAAAGGUUCAUCCUAGGCCACCAAUUCCUCUGUCUCUCUUGCUAUCAGAAGAAGAAGCAACCCUCAUCAUCCAGUCAUUCUGGAGGGGCUAUCUGGUUCGUUGUGAACCUAAGAUCCAAGAAUUGCGACAGUGGCAGAAACAACUGAGGGAAGACAAUCACAUUCGUCAGAGAGUGAAAGAAUUCUGGGCUAAACAAGAAAAAAAAGUGAAAUGCACAUUAGAGGAUGAAGAACAGCCUCCCAAUCUGCAGCCUAAGCCAAGCACCAUCAUAGAUGCCCCGAGCAAAUAAAUGCUAUCUGCCUCUUGCAUUCUUAAGUCUUAAGACGAUGAAAGUUCUUUGUAUGCUGGCAAAAUAAAGAGUCGCUGGUGCACAACACAUCAAAAAACAGCUUCAUAGGCAGGUGUAGUCGAUUAUAUACAAGCUUACUCGCAUUAUUCUCUGGAGCUUUCCCCAAUAAUCCACUCUACCUGGGAGAAAAGCACCAGGCUGGAGUUCUUGCAAACAGUACAUUUCCCUUUCAGUCAUUGGUCUAGAUGUUUCCCUCCUGUGGUACAAAACUGCUUCUGAAAUGCAGGGUGGCAGUGGCUCUCUAGCUGCCCACUCCCUAGUCCCAAUAGUAAUGCACUAUUUUCUGGUUCUCCCUAAGCAUUCAAAUCCAUUUUCCCACCUUUUGUGAACUACUCAGUUGCAAUUUAAAAGAUUCCUUUUUAAACUGAGAUCCCAAACUUGGGAAUUCUGGGUUUUCUUUAUCUGAAGCUACAGACAGUCUUUUGCAAGUAUUUGCUCAUUUUAAAUUCUUUUGCUACUGCAGCAGUUAAUUUCAAAGAAGAACAGUAUUUUUUGGGUCAUAACAAUCCUUAACAUUUACUAGAACCCAUGGGAGUACGAAUGCAAGCAACAAAAAGGGGAGGCCAGAGUGAGUUUUCAGCUCAAACCUUUAGGCCAGAAAUAUUGUAGAGAGGUCUUUAGCUUCCUGCUGAAAUUAAUAUCAAGUCCACAUUCAUUCUCCGAUUUGCAGUAUCUGUGGUCACUGAAUCUAAAGUCCUCAGAAUAGCCAUAGGGCCAGAUUAUGAAGGAAAAUGUUAGGCCAUUUUAACAAGUUACAACAAACAUUGUACGUAAAUAGUAAAGCCUUUAUUUUUGUUAAGAACAGCAUUUUGAAAAUAAAACAUAUCUGCCCAUGCUU